UCGGUUGGAUCUUGCACAGCUCCACAGGCAGAGAUGAACUUGGCUCUGGUCCAUGAUCGUCUGCACAUAAAGUCCUUUUGGGAGAAGAGGAUUCAGGACGACUCUGAGCAUGCAGAGACCGAGGAGCAGAGGAGGAGCCAGAGCGCACUUGGCAAGUUGAGGGGAGAGUGGUUGGUUCGGUUGGAGGCUCGGAACAAACAUCUGAAAAUGUUGAAUGAAAGCUUCCUAAAGAAACCGAAGACAGAAUCCACGGAGCAAAACCAGACCUGAACCAGGACAAGACUAGCACUAAACCAGGACUAAACCAGGACUAAACCAGGACUAAACCAGGACUAAACCAGGACUAAACCAGGACUAAACCAGGACUAAACCAGGACUAAACAAGGACUAAACAAGGACUAA